AUUCUUUUGUAUGUUAUGAAGAGCUGGUACGAUGCUCAGACCUACUGCAGAGAGAAAUACACCGACCUGGUCAGUGUGAGGAACCAAACUGAGAAUGAGGAGAUCAGGAGGGUGAUUAAAGGUUCAGAUGUUUGGAUCGGUCUGUUUAAUGACUCCUGGAAUUGGUCAGAUCAGAGAAACUCCACAUUCAGAUACUGGAGCUCUGACAAACCCAGUGGAAGUUUGAUCUGUGCUGCAGUGUCUGAGUCUGAGCAACGUUACUGGACUGAUGUGAACUGCACAGAAAAACUCCCGUUCAUCUGCCAUGAGAAUAAACUGAUCCUGAUUAAGGAGAAUAAGACCUGGUGGGAAGCUCUGACAUACUGCAGGAACCAUCAUCAUGACCUGGUGUCAGUGUGCACAGAGGAGAUGCAGCUCUGGGUGAAGGAAGUGACUCAAAACGCCUCCACUGAACACGUGUGGCUCGGCCUGCGUCACGACUGCGCCCAGCGGGUCUGGUUCUGGGUUGUUGGAUCAAUAAUCUGCUAUCAGGGCUGGGCACCAGGGAAUGGGACCUGGAAUGAAGACUGUAGUCAUGAGAAGAGAAGCGGAGCAGUGCAGUCUGGAGGAGAGCAGAAGUGGAUCGAGCUGCCUGAGAGCCAGAAGCUCAACUUCAUCUGCUCUACCUAUGAUGAUAUGUUUUAUUAAACAUGAAGACUGAAGACAAGUUGUGGUCCACCAUCUGUGUCCGGCAUCAGCUGAUCUACUGUAAUGUCUCAUUUAUACUCUUCUACACAUU